AUGUCGGAGAGCCCGUGUGCACGUUAUGAUCUAACAGUUGUGUGGUCUAGCACGAACAGUGUGGCAAGAGGACUUAUCUCACCCCGUGACCUCUCGAUUCUCAUCAAGGUGUCAAAGGAAGAGAAUACUGUCAUUAUUGCAUCCCAGAGUGUUGAGCGGGAAGAUUGCCCACCCAGAGACAAGUACGUCCGUGCCCAAAGCUAUCCCUGGGGCGCCAAGAUGGAGCGGGUUAAUGGCGACCCCAACAAAACCAGGGUGACAAGGGUGUUCCAUAUCGACCUCAAGGGCAAGCUGCCUCGAUCACUUGUGGACGCGACUGUUCCCCACAUUUUGACGAAGUCAUAUGAAGAGCUUACAGAUUACUUGAAGAAGAAUGGGCUCUUCGUAGAAUGA